GAACAUAUGUAUAUUAGCACACGUCGAUCAUGGCAAAACAACGCUUGCCGACCAUCUAAUCGCCGCCUCGGGCGGCGGUUUGAUACACCCCAAGAUGGCGGGCCGCCUCCGUUUCAUGGAUUAUCUCGACGAGGAGCAACGGCGGGCGAUUACUAUGAAGAGCUCGUCGAUUGGUCUACGGUAUAAGGACUACUCUAUAAACCUUAUUGAUUCGCCAGGUCAUAUGGACUUUUGUAGUGAAGUUUCAACUGCUGCUAGACUGAGUGACGGGGCGUUAGUUUUAGUUGAUGCUGUGGAGGGUGUGCACAUUCAAACCCACGCUGUUUUGCGGCAAGCUUGGAUUGAGAAACUGACGCCGUGUUUGGUUCUUAAUAAGAUUGAUAGAUUGAUAUGUGAGUUGAAGUUGAGUCCGAUGGAAGCAUACACUCGUUUGUUGAGGAUUGUGCAUGAGGUUAAUGGGAUUAUGAGUGCGUACAAGUCCGAGAAGUAUUUGUCAGAUGUGGAUUCAAUACUCGCAGGUUCUUCGGGCGAGGUAAAUGAUGAGAACCUCGAGUAUAUUGAGGACGACGAGGAAGAUACAUUUCAACCACAGAAAGGGAAUGUGGUGUUUGUGUGUGCGUUAGAUGGAUGGGGAUUUGGCAUUAAUGAGUUUGCUGAGUUUUAUGCUUCAAAGCUCGGGGCAAAUGUGUCUGCGUUGAAGAAGGCCUUGUGGGGUCCUCGGUAUUUUAACCCAAAGACCAAGAUGAUCGUUGGAAAGAAGGGCUUGGCUGGAGGAAGUAAAGCUCGGCCUAUGUUUGUUCAAUUUGUGCUUGAAAGAAUAUGGGAAGUUUACACGGCUGCUUUAGAAACUGAUGGCGAUAAGGAGGUGCUUCAAAAGGUUAAUAGUACGUUUAAUUUGAAUAUACCAGCUCGCGAACUUUCUAACAAGGAUCCAAAGGUGGUUGUUCAAGCUGUUAUGAGUCGUUGGCUUCCUCUUUCAGAUGCAAUAUUGUCGAUGGUUGUGAAGUGUAUGCCUGACCCAAUUGCUGCACAAUCAUUUCGAAUACCACGGUUGCUCCCGGAGAGGGAUAUCAUUGAUACUGGGGUUGAGGUCAAUGUGCUGACUGAGGCAGAUCUUGUCAAGAAAUCCAUUGAAGCUUGUGAUUCGAGGCCUGAAGCUCCAUUUGUUGCUUUUGUGUCCAAGAUGUUUGCAGUUCCAGUUAAAAUGCUUCCACGGAGGGACAAUCAGGGAGAGACUACAAACUUUUCAGCUGAUGAUGGUGGAGAUGGGGAAUCAGACGAAUGUUUCCUUGCAUUUGCAAGAAUAUUUAGUGGGGUUCUUUGUUCUGGACAGAGAGUUUUUGUACUUUCAGCUUUGUAUGACCCAACAAAAGGGGAAUCAAUGCAAAAGCACAUUCAGGAGGCUGAGCUGCAUUCAUUUUAUCUAAUGAUGGGCCAAGGCUUGAAACCAGUGACCUCAGUAAAAGCAGGAAACCUUGUAGCAAUUCGUGGCCUUAGCCAUCAUAUACUGAAAAGUGCAACUCUUUCUUCCACAAGAAAUUGCUGGCCCUUCUCAAGUAUGGCAUUCCAGGUUGCGCCAACUCUUAGAGUUGCACUUGAGCCUUCUGAUCCUGGAGAUAUAGGUGCAUUAUUGAAAGGCUUGAGGCUUUUAAAUCGUGCAGACCCUUUUGUAGAGGUAACUGUUUCAGCAAGGGGAGAACAUGUACUUGCUGCAGCAGGAGAAGUUCAUCUUGAGAGAUGCAUAAAGGAUUUGAAAGAGAGGUUUGCCAGGGUAAGCUUGGAAGUCUCUCCACCUCUUGUAUCGUAUAAAGAGACAAUUGAAGGAGUGGAAUCUAGUGUGGUGGAUUAUUUUAGAGUGUUAUCUGAAAGCACAGAAUGUGUUACUAAAAAAACCCCAAAUGGUAGAUGUGUUGUCAGAGUGCAGGUAUUGAAGCUUCCACCUGCUCUAACUAAAAUACUUGAUGAAAAUUCUGAUGUACUAGGAGAUAUUAUUGGAGCCAAGUUGGGGCAGAGCUAUAAAAACUUGGAAACAAAGAGAUCAAGUUUGAGGGAAAAUGAGAAUCCAGCAGAAGCAGUAAAGAAACUCAUAGAGGAUGCAGCGUGUAACAAUACAUCUUUGAAGGAUGACCAUGAUGGCAGUCGAGCUGACAAACAUAAAGCACUGUGGUCAAAGCUUCUUAAGCGGAUUUGGGCACUUGGACCACAACAGAUUGGUCCUAACAUUCUGCUUAACCCAGAUCCAAAAGUAAAGGAUUCUGAUUGCUCUGUCCUUAUUCGGGGUUCGCCUCAUGCAUCCCAGAGAUUGGGUUUUGUGGGCAAUUCUUCAAAUGGUGACUUGGAUGCUGAAACAUCUUUGGUAGGUGAUUUAUCUUCUGUAUCAUCACCAGAAGGAACUCAGACACUAUGCACGGAAGCAGCAUCUCUCGAGAGCAGUGUUCUUUCUGGGUUUCAGCUGGCUACAUCAGCUGGGCCCUUAUGUGAUGAACCGAUGUGGGGGUUGGCAUUUAUUGUUGAGGCCUCUAUUUCUUCUUUGUCCGGGAAUUUAGAUGAAUCUGAAGCUCCCUUUCAACCAGAGAACAAUGCUAUCUUUUCUGGACAAGUUAUGACAGCUGUAAAGGAUGCCUGUAGAGCAGCAGUACUUCAGAAGAAACCACGACUUGUUGAAGCCAUGUACUUCUGUGAAUUGAACACUUCCACUGAGUAUUUGGGUCCUAUGUAUGCUGUACUUGCUCGGAGGCGAGCUCGGGUUUUGAAAGAAGAAAUGCAGGAAGGUUCACCUUUGUUUACUGUGCAUGCAUAUGUGCCAGUUUCAGAAAGCUUUGGUUUUGCGGAUGAGUUAAGGAGAUGGACCUCUGGAGCAGCAAGUGCUCUUCUAGUGCUUAGCCAUUGGGAAGAACUAUGUGAAGAUCCUUUUUUCGUCCCCAAGACAGAAGAAGAAAUUGAAGAGUUUGGAGAUGGUUCUAGCGUGCUGCCCAACACAGCUAGAAAGCUUAUUGAUACUGUAAGACGGCGUAAGGGUCUUCCAGUGGAAGAAAAAGUUGUGCAGCAUGCAACAAAGCAGAGAACACUGGCUCGGAAAGUAUAGAGAUAGAACACCUGAUGAUUUGUAAUACUGUAAGGCAAUACAUCCUUAGAUUCUUGUUCAAACCUUCUGUGUCUCUCUUUCUCUUUCUUUUACUUUCUUUUUGGGUCCCUGUAGGGGGCGAGGGAACAUAGUAGGUAAUACUUGUUGAUUGUAAAAUGAUGGUUGGAGCACUUCUAACUUUCAAUUCUUUUCAAUUGAUAAAGUUUUGAUCAA